UUUUUCUACUUUUUCUUCUUCUAUUACUUCUUCUUCUGCUUCUUCUUCUUUUUCUUCUUCUUCUUCUUCUACCUCUUCUUCUAUUUCUUCCUGUUCAUCUUCCUUAUCUUCUUCUUAUUCAUCUACUUCUUCUUCUUUUUCUUCUUCUUCUACCUCUUCUUCUAUUUCUUCCUAUUCUUCUUCUUCUUCUUAUUCUUCUACUUCUACUUCUACUUUUUCUUCUUCUAUCUAUUUUUCUAUUUCUUCCUAUUCUUCUUCUACUUCUUCUUCUUCUUCUUCUUCUUCUACAUCUUCUUCUAUUUCUUCCAAUUCUUCUUUUUCUUCUUCUUCUUCUUCUUCUACCUCUUCUUCUA